CCCGAAAGGGGAAUCCUCAAGCUGAAUCAAGCUAAUAAUACACACAUAUAAUUCUUGAGUUCUUAUUUUAUUUCUCGUGAUCCAUUCUUCUGGAUUGGAUCAUUCGGUGGAUUUAUUGUCCAUCAAAUUGGUGCUUUCAUUGAGAGCUCGAGGAUCAUACUCAGGAAAAACCUUCCAAGAAGACAAUGGUGCAGACCCGUAGCAACGCAAACUUAGGUGCCGGAGUCCCUCUCCAGGGCGAAAACAGUGCCACUGGAGGCCGGCACCCUCCUAUUAGCUUGACAGAGACAGAGGCCCUCAUCCAGAGGGUCGGGAUCACCGCGGAACAGUUCAACGAGGUGAUGGCGGCCCUAACCCCAAACCGCGAGGUUGUGGUGGAGGAUGCGACUGGGGUACCCGCCGGAGGGAAAGCCGGGCCUGCGGGCUCGGGGGGAAAAAAGAAGAAAAAGAUAAGGCGGUCCCAGAAGAAGAAGGUGACCAAGCCCAACGGGAAGGCGAGGAUGGAGGACGAGCUGUCCAGGUUGGAUGAGGAAGAUGAGUCGUCCUCCUUUGAACGAGCGUCAGCCUUCGAUCGGUUGGGAGAUCCCAAAUUGAAGAAGCCCCAAACCUCAGCGUUCGAUCGGCUACAAGAUACUCGGUCGGCCCGCAAGGGCAACCUGAGAGAGAAACUCAUGGAAAGGAGAGGAGAGUCCUCGGCAACAUCCAAGAUUGGCUCGGAAGAGCGACGAAAGGCAGUCGAGGACAAAGAAGCGAUUGAGUUGUGGAGGAUAGUGCGUUACACUGAAAAAGGAGAUGGACCAGCUGAUCGCAAGGCGCCAGAGGACCGCCUCCUGCCUCCUCGGCCGGAGCGACCCGCGUCGGGUAACCGAACGUGGAGGAGGCCGGCGGCUGCUGCCGCAGCGAUCACCGCUGGGGAAGGGCAAGAAGACGGAAGGCGACAUCUGGGGAGAGAUUGUGAAGACUUGGAUGAAGAAGAAAGACAGAAUCGCCGACAUUUGGGAUGUCAGUUCAUUAUGGGUGGAAACACCGGAGGGGAGUCGGUGUCCUCACGGAAGAAGUGGAAGAACAAGGUUCACCUGGCCGAGGUGCAAAGGCCUCCGCUGCCCAAGCGAAAGAAGAAGGAACCAUUGAUCUUUACGGAUGAAGAUUACCCGCCAGUCCUCAGCCCCCAUCGUGAUGCACUGGUAAUAAAGGUAGAGAUCAACAAUGUGGUCGUCCAUCGCACGCUGGUCGAUACUGGCAGUUCGGUCAACAUCAUGUACAGUAAUACUUUCAAAGAGCUGGGGUUAUCUCGGGGCGACCUUAAACCAAUCCGUACCCCGCUGUCAGGAUUCACGGGGGACACCAUUGAAGCAGAAGGAACCAUCACAGUGAAGGCUGGGGACGAAGCGCAGAAGCUGAUGGAGGAGAUCCAUGAGGGGAUAUGUUUGGCACACCAGGGAGCCUUUACGAUGUCAAGGAAGAUAACCUUGCAGGGGUACUUUUGGCCAACGAUCAUCAGAGAUUGCACGGAGUACGUGCGUAAGUGUACGGUGUGCCAAGAAUUCCAAAGGGUACCAGGGCGACUAGCAACGAAUUACACCCCGAUCUGCACGGCGAUCCCUUUUGCUCGGUGGGGCAUUGAUCUGGUCGGCAUCUUGCCCAGGGGAGCAGGAAAUAACAUGUACUUCGUGGUCGCGAUCGACUACUUUACCAAAUGGGUCGAGGCCGCCCCAGUACCGACCAUCACCGAAGAGGAGACGAGGAAAUUUGUGUCUAAACAAAUUUUGUGCCAUUUUGGGGUACCCCAGCAGAUCAUCACUGACAAUGGAACCCAGUUCGAGGCUAGGGGGUUCAAUGAGUUUCUGCAGAGUUGGGGCAUAAAGCAUAGCUAUGCUGCGGUCGGGUACCCACAAACCAAUGGGAAGGUCGAGAAUACUAACCGCACCAUUGUGGACGGCUUGAAAAAGAAGAUAAUGGAGUGCAAAAGUGUGUGGGUGGAAGAGUUACCUUACAUCUUGUGGACUUCUAGGACCACCCCGAGAAAGGCCACGGGAGAAACGCCGUUCGCGCUCACAUAUGGGUUCGAGGCAAGGGCUCCAGCCGAAACCUCAUUGCUAAGUCAUAGAGUAGAGACGUUUGAUGCACAGGAGAACGAAGAAAGCUUAAGGGCAGAGUUACAUCUCAUAGACGAGCGGAGAGAAAGGGCCUACAUCCAGGCAGAGAACUACCGCCGGCAAGUUAAGUCGUACCACAAUCAGAGGGUGCGACCAAGGCAGUUCAAAACGGGCGAUUGGGUCCUGAUGAAAAGGGAGGUCAGUCGGCCGACUGAUGGUGGGAAGUUUGCUAAAAGCAUUGAAGGGCCAUACAUCAUAAAGAAAGUGUUGGUCGAUGGAACCUUUAAGCUGCAAACACCAGCGGGAGGCGACGUCCUGCGGCAUUUUGGCACUUCCUGAUCCCAUCUCUUCUCGAAUUUCAUUGUUUAAAAAAAAGGAGCGACGGAAAGAGAUCGCUAAAAGAAACUAUAUGGUGAUUC